AUGGUUUCUUUGAUUUCUGGAGGUAAAACAAACUGGAAGGAGAAAUUCAAGUCUUUUGUCUCUUUCUAUGAAGAUGACCUUCCAAAUAUACUUGGGCUUAAUGCUGAAUUAGAAAUUUGGGAGAAGUAUUGGAUUGAUUUUAAAGGAAAUAGACCCCAAACUAUUGCUCAAACGUUGAAGUCUAUUAAUCUAAAUGUCUUUGUUAAUUUGCAUAUGGCCCUAAGAAUUUUAGCCACUAUUCCUGUCACCACAUGUGAAUGUGAACGCUCUUUCUCUGCUAUGAGAAAACUUAAAAAUUAUACUUGCACUACUAUGGUAUCUGAACGCCUCAACGGGCUAGCGCUUAUGUAUAUUCACAAAGAAAUAGUGCCAGAUGUUGAUAAAGUUUUAAAUAAAUUUGCUAAAGAUAAAAGAAGACUUGAAUUAAUAUAA